UCCUGGUUCAGGGCCAUGGACGCUUCGUGCUCCUCGGGACUACCUGCCGCCGCGAUGUGAUCGAGCCAGCGGGAGCGAGUCGAGAGCAAAGGUCAUGAGUGCCUCUCGGAGAGACCCAGUGGAGAAUGACCUCACCUGUCCCAAGCCCCGCCCCACCUGGGCCUCUACCUGCCCCCCACCCCUGGACUCCCACCAUGACGUCUGAUCAGGACGCGGCGGUGAGACUCGACCAGGAGCGAGCCGACAUCGUCGCCAAGUAUGACAAGGGGAAGGAGGCCACCGUGGAGCCGUGGGAGGACACCAACUACCACCUCUACAAGGUCGUGGACCGCUUCGGCUUCGUUCAUAAGAAUGACCUCCCGUCCUCUGACCCGGUGGAGGAGAAGCAUAAACACUUGGAGAUGGACCGGACGAUGAAAUGGCUGAAGAUGAUGAAGAGUUGGGACAAAUACAAGAACAGUGACAAGCUGCUCCGGAGGGUCUACAAGGGAAUCCCCCUGCAGCUCCGGGGGGAGGUCUGGUGUCUGCUGCUCGACAUCCCCAAAGUGAAGGAGGAGAAGAAAGACUUCUACGAGAACCUGAAGGCCAGGGCUUGCGGCGUCUCCCCGGACAUCCGUCAGAUCGACCUGGACGUGAACCGGACCUACAGAGACCACAUCAUGUUCAUGACCCGCUACGACGUCAAGCAGCAGGCUCUCUUCCAUGUCCUCACAGCCUACUCCAUGUACAACACGGAGGUGGGCUACUGCCAGGGCAUGAGUCAGAUCACGGCUCUGCUGCUCAUCUACAUGAACGAGGAGGACGCCUUCUGGGCUCUGGUCAAGCUGCUGUCAGGGCCCAAGCACGCCAUGCACGGGUUUUUCAUCCCCGGCUUCCCGAAGCUGAUGCGCUUCCAGGAGCACCACGACCGCAUCCUCAGGAAGACGAUGCCCAAGCUGAAGCACCACCUGGAUGGCCAGGAGGUGUUGACCAGCCUCUACACCAUGAAGUGGUUCUUCCAGUGCUUCCUGGACAGAACUCCCUUCACCCUCACCCUCAGGAUCUGGGACAUCUACAUCUUGGAGGGGGAGCGCGUGCUGCCCACCAUGUCCUACACCGUCCUCAAGCUGCACAAGAAGCACCUGAUGAAGCUGUCCAUGGAGGAGCUGGUGGAGUUCCUGCAGGUGACUCUGGCCAAAAACUUCUUCUUAGAGGACGACUUUGUGGUGGAUCAGCUGCAGGCGUCCAUGACUGAGCUCAGGAGGAUGAAGCUGGAGCUGCCCGCCCCAGGUAAAGAGGAGGAGUUUCCAAAGAAGCCUCUGGGGCAGCUUCCCCCCGAGCUGGCGGUGGGGAACCACACGGCCAACGGUCAAAGCCACGUGGAGCCGGCGGAGCCUCCGAGGAACCUGAGUCCCGAACCGGAGCGCCAGCGGGGGAGUCGCCCGCCCAGCCGAUCGCGCCGGAACUCGCUGGAGAAAUCGAUGCGGCACCACAAGGCCGAGAAGAGGGAGAUGCGCUCCAGGGGAUCCGGGGAGAUCCCCGACGAGCAGAGGAAGCGGUCCACGACACCGCCGUCGGCCGCCACCCCGACACCGCAGAUCACAGGGGACAGAGGGAGGCAUCACGGCCACGCCGCCGCCAACCAGAACUCCAACGCGGCCUCCAGCUCUCGCAGGGAGAUCACCCCCCGGUGGUUCAAACCCUCCGACACGAAGCUGGAGGCGGUCAAGGCGGCGGCGCGGGAGGUGAGCGGAGGGCCGUCGCCGGCCCCUUCCAGCCCAGAAGACAGCGCGCCGCCCCGGCGCCGGCCGGCCUCCAAGGGCUCCUCGCCCGACGCCAACCGCGGCUCCAACGCCUCGCAGUACGACAACGUACCCGAGCUGCCGGAGCCGGAGUUCGAGAUCCUGGAGCUCGACAAACCUCUCUCCAGAAUGAGGACCCCUCGCAGCGAGACGCCCGUCGGCGUGCCGUCCCUCCAUCAGGGGAACUCCAGCCUGGCCGGGAGCGCCGCCUCCAUCGCGUCAGGGCCCAGGGGCGCCAAACACCCUCUUCCUCCUGCGUUUGCCCACCACAGUCCAGGGGGGGUCCAUGCAAGCUACCCUGGCAGCCAGAGCCAGUACAGCACCCCCCCACAGCAGCUCUCCCCGGGAAGAACUCCCACCGAAGUCCCCGUCUCACACACAGCAUACCCGGGUCUGGACCUCAGGGGGGAGGAAAGACUCUACGUUCCGUCCUCUCGGUUCCCCCCAUCCUCCAGUGUGGCGUACGGGGAGCGAGCGUACGCCACCGCCCAGCGCCCAAACAGAGACUCCCCGGAGAAGGCGCUCAUGAACAACUCCUACGCCAGCUACCGCCGGCCGCCGCCGCCGAGCUCCAACCGGAACGCCAGGCCUCCCCCGCUGCAUCUGGAGACCCACGGGAGCUCCACGCCGAUCUACCUGCAGCAGCUCAACUCCAGCGCGCAGCUGUACGGGUUUGAGGGGCGUCAGCGGGGCGAGGCGGUCCCGCACAACCUGCCGGAAGGCGUCGGGCUCCCGUGGGCGUCGGAGGCGGCGCCGCCCCUCCGAUCCCCGGACGGGGUGCCGUGCUCGCCCAGCUUCCAGCAGGCCCAGAUGUCGCCCGUCCAGGAGUUCUCGUUCCCGCCGAACCCCGACGGCGGCGACGACGAGCUCCACUACCGGACUCAGUUCCAGAAGCAACAGCUCCCCCAGCUGUUCGGAGGACCACACUACAGGCAGGAGGCGUUCGCCAUGCAGGAGUCCAUGCUGCUGUGAUUGGACGAUAGACAAGACACUGUAAAAAACUAAUUAAUUAAAAGAAAAGGGCGUAGUCACCGACACUGAGGUAACGAGGAGCCGGGUCCGAGCUGCUCUAGGAGCGGGUUUUGUUCUUUAUGUCUGACCUUCUGACCUUCUGACCACCAGCCUCCAAAGUUUCUACCGAUCACUUUAAAAACUGACUGAAGAUUUUAUUUUAUUUUUGGAUGUAAAAUCAUUGACGAGAGGUGACCGUAUAGAUAUAUAGAUAUAUAUAUCUCUUUUAGAGUCUGACGUGUACAGUGGAUUCCUUUUCUUAAUACGCUGAGUUGUUAUCAGUAGCUGGGAGGGGGGGGAUUUAUUUUCCGUCUUUAUUUUAUUUUUUUACAUGUUACUUCUAGAUAUUUUACGUUAGAGAUCGGUUUUACUCUUAAUGUGAAUAUUAUUUUUCAGAGAAAAGAAGUAAUAGAAAAGUUUAUUUUUUAAUCUUCACUUUCCAUUUUUCGGGGAUUUUUUUACUCCUUCCUGAUGAAACUGAUGUGCAAUUCAUCUCCCACAAAGUAAAAUGAUUUAUUAUGGUUAAACUCAAACCCAGAGUACAGACUAAAAGGCAUAGAGCUAAUUUGCGAGGGCUAAUAAUUUAUAAAUAUAUAUAUAUUUGGUUACUUUAAGCCAACAUGCUAACGUGUGUUUAACUGCUGUGCUGUUAGCUUCAUGUUGAGCAGCCAGGCGGACGUGAACUAGUUUUCUAAAAGUUGCUUUUCUUAUGUCUUAUUAUUCUCAACACUGUCAUAUCAACUACUGUUCAGUUGCUGACACACACACACACACACACACUACAUUCCUUUGUAUUAUUCUACACACACAUCGCAGGUAUUCUGUCCCAUCACAUUCCCUAAGUUAUCUUUUUGUUAAACGACUAAUCGCAGGCCACUCUGAUACUUUGCUUAAUAAAAUGAGGUGGGUGAAAGUGAAACUUUGAGGUUUUCUUUCCAUUUUUUUUUUGUUUGACAGAAAAUAAAAAAAUAUACGGAAAUGUGAGAA